CUCCAGUCACCAUAACAAUAUAGUACAGAGCACCUGGGACACUGGUACCUCCUAGCUCCGCUGCUGCUGCCUGUCCUCUCCUGAACAGGGCUGCUGCUGCAUUGCAGGAUUGUCAAAGACUGUCCAAAAUGGGUGGAGAGAGGAAGCCUCCCCGGGCAAUACAGGCCCAGAAACUGGCCGGGAUCUUGCGGGAGGACAGCGACGGCGUCCUGGUGAUCGACUGCCGCUCACUCAGCGAAUAUAACAAUCUCCAUGUGGUGGGCUCCGUCAACCUGUGUGGCUCCAAGCUGGCCAGAAAACGUCUCCUGAAGGAGCUUCUUGUGCUUCCGCAUCACCCCAAGAUUGAUACGUCAUAUGAGAAGCAAGUGGUGGUGUAUGAACAGGGGAAUCGGGAGCUCUCGGCUGGCCACUUUGUGUCCCUGGUUGUGGGGAAGCUGGAGAAGAAAUACAGCUCGGUUUCUCUGCUAGAAGGAGGGUUUGCAGAAUUCUCUACGCAAUUCCCAAACCUGUGUGAAGGCCGCACGUCUAACAUUUUGCACACCAGCAUAUCGCAGCCCUGUCUGUCCACAUCCGUGGUGUCGGUUACCCGUAUCUUGCCGCACCUUUAUUUGGGCUCCCAGAAUGAUGUCAUGGAUCAGGAGGUGAUUAUUCAGAAUGGCAUCACUCAUGUUCUGAACGUCAGCUGCAGCUGCCCAAAGCCUGUCUUCAUCUCCGAUAACCAUUUUCUGCGCAUCCCCAUCAACGACAGCUACUGCGAGAAGAUCCUGCCUUGGCUCACUGCAGCUGUUGAGUUCAUAGGAAAAGUGGAGCUGGUAAAUGGUAAAGUUUUAGUUCACUGCUUGGCUGGUAUCUCCCGCUCCGCAGCCGUGGCUAUCGCUUACAUCAUGCGGUCGAUGGGGCUGUCGCUGGAUGAUGCUUACAGGUUUGUAAAAGAGAAGAGACCGACCAUUUCUCCCAACUUCAACUUCCUUGGACAGCUUCUCGAGUAUGAAAUGAGUCUUGCCAAUUCCCGACAGGCACAUCCCGCUAAACCCCCUCAUCCAGAAAUCCCGACCGAUGGACCAAACGUGGAUCAGCCAUGUGCUGACAAAUGUGUAAGCGCCGAGCAGAUCAGCCAAAGCAAUUACAAACUCAAUUCUAUGUCCCAGGAAAUAGAAGUGGCCAUUGAUGCCACCAAACUGGACAAUAACUGCAUAAAGGACGAGUCUGAAUCCACUUUGGCGGGCAGGUUUACCUCCAUGGGGAUCUCCUCAGACCAACGCCGCGAAAUUAGUAGCUUAAAACGCUCUUUCUCUUUGGACAUUAAAUCUGUGUACACCCCCCUAUCUUCUUCUGCAGAAACACGCAAAAACUUUUAUCAGCCCUCCAUGUCUCAGCUGGUCCCAUCCCAACCUCUUUCUACCAAGCCUGUGGGACUCUGGGACCGAUUCCUCGGCUUUGGACUUAAUUUCCUCUACUUUUACUCAGAAGAGGAAGAAAUGCAGCACAAUGUUAGACCAAAUGGAAUCUGUGAACAAAGGGAUGUCCCUGAAAACUUAAAAAAGAGGCGAGGAAGCACAAAAACCCUAGAUGAAGGACCUCCUCGACCAUUUACACUAAGCAUUCCCAAUUGUAAAGGCCAAAGAUUUCUGAAGGAGAAGACUCUGGAAGUCGGAUCAAGAGUCAGGACAAUCUCUCCGGUUCCUCUGUGAGGAACCUCUCCAACUUCUCAAGGGUUGCUAUGUCUAGGAGACGGAACACUCUAUUUAGUGCACAGAACAUUCUAGGACCUGCUUUCGGUUUUCUGCGCCCAGAACUCUUCUUGCCCUCAUGUUAAAGUUCCCCGACAAGGCCUAAGUAGCAUGCUGAGAAAUGAACUUGUUAUGAAAUGUUUCUUCAUAUUGAAUGAACAAAAUGUGGGCUAUGUAUGCGGCAAUGGACAAAACCUUGAUUUAGGUGAUGAAAGAUCACCAGGAUAGAAGGUCGGCCAUAGCUGUUUUUUUGUUUUUUGUUUAUUUUUUUAAAGACUUCCGAAAAAGUCUUCAAUGAAACGCUCGUGUGUGCAAUCCUCUUACUUACCUGAUGAGGCAACAUCAAUAUUGCUUUAUGGCCUUCUUCAGAGGGAAUCUUCCUCAGGCUGAAAAAGACCUCUUAGGCCGAGUACGAUCCUUUCAAAACGAGAUUUUAGAAACCAUGGGGUGGCAAAUGCAUUGUGUACCCAAUAUACCUCGUGCUUCACCCUUUUAUUUGGAUAAUAUCGUAGUGUGUACCGACCUUCUUGCUAGGAAUUCUUGAUCCCGCUUGGUCUACCCGUCCAAAUGAAUGGAUUUGCACCGAAUUGUCCUCGCAAUUUCACCCUUGGUGUAAUGUAGAAAGGUAUUGGGGGUAGUAGAUGAUAUAUUUUUUAUUUCUCUAGGUCCUACAUGAAUGUACGCCCUAGAUGCCAAGCUGUGUCUGUGAUAAUACUUUGCUGCCCUAAUACCUCGGUUAUCUUCUGUUUAUUGCUGUGAAAUUUAUUUAAGCUUGCCCUAGCAUGCUUGGGGCAUGUUCCCCUGCAUACAGCUCCAGAACAUGACCCACCUCUCAGGAUUUAAGGACCCUAAUAUUGUCCUUUUAUUGUAAGUAGGUGGUAGAAGAGCUUAUUUUAUUUGUUGUUGUUUUUCAUAUAUUUAUUUAUAAAUGUGUUACAUUUUUCCUCUU